UGAAUAUGUCCAUUCUUCGUCUUCUCUCACUUAAAAAUGCAUCGGGAAGGGAGAAACAACCCUACACAGCACCACUAUCUGCACCAACAUUAAACAAAAAACACAAUUACAAUACACUACUUGUAACAUAUCUCCAGGUUAUUGAUGUCUUAUAUUAGACGCUCCCACACCAAUUAGUUUCAACACACUCCUCACUUUAUACUUCUACUUCAUUACCGCCAUCUAUGCCAACGGCUAUAUUUUUCUCCCUCGCCGCCGCUUUGCUACUAUGCGCCGCCACUAUCCUCGCCGUCGAUAACAAUGCUACUGAGAUCGACUCAUUACUUGACUUCAAGCUCAAUCUCCACGAUCCACGUGGCGCAUUGGACGGCUGGGAUUCGUCAACUCCUCGAGCUCCCUGUGACUGGCGUGGAGUGUAUUGUUUCGACCACCGAGUUUACGAGCUCCGCUUGCCUCGUCUCCAACUCGCUGGUCGACUCAGUGAUCAGCUUGCUAAGUUGCGCCAGCUGCGGAGGUUGAGCUUACAUCACAAUGCGUUUAACUCUUCUAUUCCUCUUUCUCUCUCUACGCUCUCGCUCCUCCGUGCUGUUUAUCUGCAGAAUAAUGAACUUUCCGGCGAGCUCCCGCCUGAAAUUUCUAAUCUCACGAAUCUCGAGGUGCUUGACCUAGCAAACAAUCAACUCUCCGGAAGAAUCUCCGGGAACUUACCGGUACAACUCCGGUACUUAGACCUGUCAGCUAAUCGAUUCUCCGGUCACAUCCCGAACAAUUUCACCGCAUCGCAUAAUGUACAGCUUAUUAAUUUCUCAAUUAAUCGAUUAUCCGGUGAGAUUCCGGCGAGUGUUGGAUACUUAACACAGCUGCAGUACUUGUAUCUGGACUCGAAUAAAUUGUACGGUACUAUCCCCUCUGCGAUAUCGAAUUGUUCGUUGUUGGUGCAUUUUAGUGCGGGAGAUAAUUUACUACGUGGACUUGUUCCGGCUAGUAUUGGCGCGCUUUUGAAACUUCAAGUCGUGUCGCUUUCCGGUAAUCAGCUCUCGGGUAUGAUUCCCGUGUCUUUUUUAUGUAAUGUUUCGGUAAAUAGUUCUUCGAUUAAGAUAUUGCAAUUGGGGUUUAAUGAGUUCACGGGAAUAUCACAGCCGUUAAAUGCAUUAUGUCUUAGUGUUUUAGAAGUGUUGGAACUUCACGAGAAUAACAUUGAUGAUGUAUUUCCGAGUUGGUUGACUAGUUUUUCAACACUCAGAAUAUUAGACAUUUCGGGGAAUCUAUUUUCGUGGGAUUUGGUAGAUGGUAUUGGCAAGUUGUCGAGAUUGGAGGAGUUUAGAGUUGCGAAUAAUUCUUUGGGCGGGGGGAUUCCAAGUGGUAUUCGACAAUGUAGGUUGUUGAGAGUACUUGAUUUAGAGGGGAAUAGCUUUUCGGGUUCAAUUCCUGAGUUUUUAGGAGAGUUUAAAGGGUUAAAGAUACUUUCUCUUGGAAGAAAUAGGUUUUCAGGUUGGAUUCCUCGAAGUUUAGGAACUCUUGGUGAGCUUGAAUUGUUGAACUUGAGUGAGAAUAAGUUGACUGGGAAGCUACCAGAAGAAGUAAUGCAACUUAGCAACUUAACUACUUUGAAUUUGAGUAAUAAUAAAUUUUCAGGUGAAGUUCCAAUCUAUUCUGGGGACCUUAAGGGUAUAAUGGUUUUGAAUAUGAGUGGCUGUGGGUUUUCAGGGAAGGUUCCAGCUAGCAUUGGAGGUUUGCUUAAUCUCAAAACUCUUGAUUUAAGUAAGCAGAAUAUAUCUGGGAAGUUGCCAGUUGAGCUAUUUGGGUUGCCAAGUUUACAAGUUGUGGCUUUGGAGGAGAAUGUCUUAUCUGGAGAUGUUCCUGAAGGUUUUAGCAGUUUGUCAAGUUUGCAGUUUCUGAAUCUGUCAUCUAAUGAAUUUACCGGAGAGAUUCCUGCUGAGUAUGGCUUUCUUCCUUCAUUGUUGGUUCUAUCAUUGUCUAACAAUCAUAUCAGUGGCUUAAUUCCAGUUGAGCUAGGUAAUUGUUCUACUCUUGAAGUACUAGAGCUUUGCAGAAACAGCUUGACAGGCAACAUUCCAGAUGAAAUCUCUGACUUACCUCAUCUAACAGAUCUUGAUUUGGGUGAAAACAGGUUGACUGGUGAAAUCCCAGAAAACAUAUCUAAUUGUUUACCACUGAGUUCUUUGUUAUUAAAUGGAAAUAUGAUUUCUGGUGAGAUACCUGACUCGUUGUCAAGGUUAUUAAACCUGACAGAGCUUGAUCUUUCUUCGAAUAAUCUGACUGGAGAUAUUCCAGCAGAUCUUUUUCUCAUUCCUGGCUUAAAAUACUUAAAUUUGUCGUUUAAUUAUCUGGAGGGUGAAAUUCCUUGGAGAUUGGCUUCACAGUUUAAUGAUCCUUCUGUGUUUGAGAAGAACAGAAAAUUAUGUGGCAAGCCGUUGCACAAAGAGUGCAAGAAUGAAAGAAGAAAAAAGAGAAAGAGAUUGAUACUGUUAAUCCUUGUUAUUGGGAUGGGGGCAGCCAUAUUGGCAUUCUGUUGUUGCGGAUAUAUAAUUGGUCUAGUACGAUGGCGAAAAAAGUUGAGAGCCGGGCUUACUGGCGAGAAGAAGAAAAGCCCGGCACGUGGAAGCUCAGGAACAGAAAGGGGCCGUGGCAGUGGAGAAAAUGGAGGUCCAAAGCUCAUAAUGUUCAAUACAAAAAUAACAUAUGCAGAAGCACUUGAAGCAACUAGGCAUUUUGAUGAGGAAAAUGUAUUGAGCAGAGGAAAGUAUGGACUUGUGUAUAAAGCCACAUUUCUUGAUGGAAUGGUGCUUGCAAUUCGUCGCCUUCCAGAUACAUCUGUCACUGAAGGAACUUUCCGCAAAGAAGCUGAAGCCUUGGGCAAGGUGAAACAUCGAAAUUUAACAGUUUUACGUGGCUAUUACAUUGGAGCACCAAAUACUCGUCUGCUUGUUUAUGAUUACAUGCCCAAUGGCAACUUAUCGACUCUCCUUCAAGAGGCAUCUCAUCAAGACGGUCAUGUCCUUAACUGGCCAAUGCGCCACCUGAUUGCACUUGGCAUUGCUCGUGGUCUAGCAUUCCUGCACUCAAAUUCAAUGGUUCAUGGCGAUGUCAAACCCCAAAAUGUGCUGUUUGAUGCAGAUUUUGAAGCGCAUCUUUGUGACUACGGGCUAGAAAAAUUGGCUUUGGCACCAAAUGCAGAAGCUUCCACAUCUUCCACACCGGUCGGGACAUUAGGCUAUGUAUCACCCGAAGCAACACUAACCGGUCAAGCAAGCAAAGAAGCUGAUGUUUACAGUUUCGGAAUUGUGUUACUAGAGAUACUAACAGGAAGGAAAGCAGUGAUGUUUACAGAAGACGAGGACAUUGUCAAAUGGGUAAAGAAGCAGCUACAAAGAGGCCAAAUUUCAGAACUUUUGGAACCUGGGUUGCUCGAGCUUGAUCCAGAAUCAUCAGAAUGGGAAGAAUUUAUGCUAGGCCUGAAAGUUGGGCUGCUUUGUACAACCACGGAUCCUAUCGAAAGGCCAUCAAUGACAGAUGUGGUGUUCAUGCUUGAAGGCUGCCGCAUUGGACCGGAUAUUCCAUCUCCAGCUGAUCCAACAUCCACUUCACCUCUUUGAAGAUGCAGCUUUAUAUGUGUAUCCUGUGUAUUGAUGUAUUCAUUCUUGUUUAUUCAUUAAACUCGAUGCAUUAGGCAUACUUCACAAACUAGUGAGAGCAAGUCCAAUGCUAGAUGCUAUAUAUCUAUUGCUAUUGCUAUAAUAUAGCACCAAAAAGUGUUUUUUGGUGCUAAAAUAAAACUUGCACUCCAAUGCUAAGUUCUAUAACUAGUUUCAAAUUUAACCAACUCAUUAACUUU